UCGAGAGCCGUAUUUGUCACAAGUGGUUCUUCUGUGAGUCAGCCGCAACUCAGAGUGGGCGUGGGGCCUGCGGCCGGGGGUGGGGGGUGAUGCCGUCAGAGGGCCGCUGUUGGGAGACCCUGCAGGCUCUGAGGAAUUCGGACAAAGGGCGCUUGUCCUACCACCGCGACUGGCUGCUGAGGGGAGAGGAGAUUUUGGAAGAAUGUAUGUCCCUUCCUGAGUUGUCUACUUACUCUGGAUGGGUGGUAGACCACAUCUUGCCUCGCUCUCACCAGAAUCAAAUUCUCUCUGAGAAUUCAGCACUCUCUUCUGAACGUGACCAAGUAUUGUCUAUUCCCAAAUCCCCUGCCAGACAUGCAGAAGUUUCCUCACCACUUUCCUCUGCAGCUCCAAAUGGAACUCAGAGUCAGGAUGAAUACCAUCAGGCAAAAGUUGUGGUACUUCGCCCCUCCCGGGGAAUGGAGGUGGAAGGAUGCAUUCGAAUGUAUGAGGAGGUACACAAGAUGAAAGGAACCAAAGGAUUGAGGCAGUGGCAGGAAGAGCAUGAAAGGAAGGUACGGGUCCUCUCUGAGAUGGCAUCAGAGCAGCUGAAGCGGUUUGAUGAACGAAAAUCAUUGAAACAGCACAAGGAAUAUCAGGAUCUUCAGGAGGUGAUAGAGAAAAGUUUCAAAGAAGCACAAGGUCAGCAGGAGAAGCUAAAAGAGGAACAUCGUCAUAGGGCCAAGAUCCUCAACCUGAAAUUACGUGAGGCUGAACAACAGCGGUUGAGGCAGAUAGAACAAGAGCGGCUUAGAAAGGAAGAGGGUCAGGAUCGUUUACGGCGUCUCUAUGCCCUUCAAGAGGAGGUGUUGCAGCUCAAUCAACAGCUGGAUCCCAAUUAUCAGCACAAAGACCUGCUGAGAAUAGACCUGUCUGGUUAUGGAAGCAGAGGAAACCAGUUAUGUGGGCUUAUCUCAGGCAUCAUUCGAACCACCAGUGAGAGAGGUUUUCCUACCCCAGAAGAUGAAGCUAUGGCAGAGCGUGCCCUGCAGGAAAUGCGGCAAGUGCUUACCAGCUUGCAACAGGAGAUCUCCAAGGCUAUUGAGGAAAAGAGGAGGCGAGAUGAAGAGGAGGCCAAGGAGAAGCAAAAGGAAUUACAAAAGCAGCCAAAAACAGAAAAGGAGACCCCAGUUCCUUCCCAGUCCCCAGGAAGGAAACAGAAAGAAGGCCUCCAGGUGAAAGCAGAAGACAGUACAAUGCAGUGGUACCAGCAGCUACAGGAGGUAGCCAAUCAGUGUGUUUUGGCCUUUGAUGGAUUAACCAAUAGCAAAGAUCAACAGACUAAAAAGAUCAAGUUGGACCUGCAGAAAGUUGUCACUAUUCCUGUGAGCCAGAUCUCUGCUAUAGCAGGCUCCCAGCUGAAGGAGAUCUUUGAUAAGAUCAACAGUCUGCUCUUGGGAAAGACUGUUCACUGUGGAGGUCGGGCUGUGUCAGUGACACACCAUCAACAAGGACUGGACUUUGUCCAUUACAAGCUGGCAGAGAAAUUUGUGAAACAAGGAGAAGAAGAAGUGGCUUCUCACCAUGAAGCAGCAUUCCCCAUUGCUGCUGUGGCAUCAGGAAUCUGGGAGCUCCAUCCCAGGGUGGGAGAUCUCAUCCUUGCUCAUCUCCACAAAAAGUGCCCUUACUCUGUGCCUUUCUACCCAGCCUUCAAGGAAGGAAUGACCUUGGAACAAUAUCAGAAACUCCUUGGCUAUCAAGUCAAUGAUUCCAAUGUUGAACAACAGGAGAAUUUUCUGAAACGCAUGUCUGGGAUGAUUCGUCUAUAUGCUGCCAUCAUUCAACUCCGUUGGCCUUAUGGAAAUAGGCAAGGGGCUCACCCUCAUGGCUUAAACCAUGGCUGGCGCUGGUUGGCACAGAUCCUCAACAUGGAGCCUCUGUCAGAUGUGACUGCCACUCUUCUUUUGGACUUCUUAGAGGUAUGUGGGAAUGCACUCAUGAAACAGUACCAAGUUCAAUUCUGGAAGAUGAUGCUACUCAUAAAAGAAGAAUAUUGUCCCAGAAUUGAAGCCAUUACCAUCUCAGGACAAAUGGGGUCUUUCAUACGUCUCAAACAGUUCAUGGAGAAAUGUCUGCAGCACAGGGAAAUUCCCAUCCCAAAGGGCUUUCUGCCCUCUUCUUUCUGGCGUUCCUGAUGGUGCCUUGGAUGCUGGUUUCUUUCUUAGAGGGAAAGAAAUAAAGCAACAGAAGACAGCAGAAUUUGGGGGGAAGUUGUGUCAGAUUUUAAAAUCUGAAAAUGUAGUUUGUGUUUUUUAAUCUCAUAGCCAGGGGAGGUUAUUUUCACAGUUGAUCAAACUUGAUCAUGAAUUACAUCCAGGAGUCUUCACAUAGUAGACAUAGUAGCCACAAAGAGGAUUAGCUUUUGUAACCAUGGCAUAAUAAAAGGAAUUUGACAGUUUUAUUCUUUAUGAAAGAUAUAGGGAAAAGAUUGUGAAUAAUCAUGACAAUAAGUUUAUGUUCAUAAAUCAUUUUUAUGACUGCAAAGUACUUAAACAUUACUCCUUACAACUGUCAGGUAGGUAGUAUAAUUUCUAUUGUCCCUGUUUGACAGAUAUAAAGAAACAGGCUCAAAAAGUUUAAGUGACUUGCUCUCACAGCUUGUAAGUGGUAAAGUUAGGACUGACUCCAUGUUCAGUGCUCUUUCUGCUAUAGAACUUGUCCCAACUUUCCUUCCUUUUUAGUAUCUUUCUAGCAAUUUGGACAUCAGGUUGAGAAUAAAGCUAGUUCCUCGUAUUCAGCUGGAUCCCUUGUAAAGGAGCAAAGUUUUAGAGAGUGUUUUUUGGAAUUCCCACUGAAUUGUAAUAAAUAUGGUUCAGAGCCCUUUAUAUUUGUAAUCAUAAGUUUGCUCUCUGAUUAAUUUACUUCUCAUAACUUUAGAUUACAUGUAGUUGAGAAAUUAUGUUCAAUUCAAAAGAGCAUGCUGACUUCAGCAACACAUAUAUUAAAUGUAAAAAUGCAAUUGAGGUGGUUGAGCCAAUUUGACUGGUUAGUGACAGUAAUCAGAUGCCAUCUUGAGUUUGGAGUCUUUGCACAGUAUUGAUUUCUUUAGCUCUUGUUUUGUUCUUAACUUGUCUCCUCACAACAACUUCCUUGAUUAUUUGCAAUUAGUCUAGGAUUUGCUGAGGUCAGUGCCAUUUGUAUUAAAUGUGGAGAGAGUUUUCAUGAGCCAUAGAUGGAAUACAAAAAGAUAAUGUUAUGACUGCAGAAUAAUAAAUUUAUCUGCCAUAUCCAUCAGGGAGAGCUAGAGCUUGGGUUAUUGAGAGAUCCUGGAUUUAUUGUGAUUAAAAGAACCAUUCCCCUUUUAUACCUCAGAGGGGACAAUUGUAGAUCUGUUCCUUGGUGUCAAAUUAGGAUGUCUAAUGUAAAGCUGGUUUUUUAAUAUUCAUGUGGUAUGAAGUGAUUCAUUCUGUGAAUGAUUGACUACACGCCUAAAAAAUAAUAAAAAUGUGAUUUCUAACUUG